GGGCACAGUCGCUUGGUUGCUCCUUGCAAGAGGCCGGGCGGCGCGCGGGGCGGAGGAGGCGCUUGGAGCCGGCCCGGGGCACGCCGGGCCUGACGCGCGGGCAGCCGGAGCCGCGAGGCCGGGGGGGUCCCCAGGCGGGCGGGCAGCCCCCCGCUCCCGCCAUGAGCGGCUCCUUCGACAAGAAGCUCUCCAGCAUCCUCACCGACCUCUCGGGCUCGCUGAGCUGCCAUGCCGCCUCCAAGGACUCCCCCACCUUGCCCGAGUCCUCCGUCACCGACCUGGGCUACUACACGGGCCAGCACGACUACUACGCGGGGCAGCCGUACGGGCAGCCCGUGGGCCACUACCCCUACCACCAGUUCAACCUCAACGGCAUCGGCGCCGCCGGCACCUACUCGCCCAAGUCCGACUACUCCUACAGCCCGUCGUACCGCCAGUACGGCCACUUCAGGGACCAGCAGCUCCCGGCCCAGGACGCAGUGUCGGUGAAGGAGGAGCCGGAGCCGGAGGUGCGGAUGGUCAACGGGAAGCCCAAGAAGAUCCGCAAGCCGCGGACCAUCUACUCCAGCUACCAGCUGGCGGCUCUGCAACGCCGCUUCCAGAAAGCCCAGUACCUGGCGCUGCCCGAACGGGCCGAACUGGCCGCCCAGCUGGGGCUCACCCAGACCCAGGUGAAGAUCUGGUUCCAGAACCGCCGCUCCAAGUUCAAGAAGCUGUACAAGAACGGCGAGGUGCCGCUGGAGCACAGCCCCAACAACAGCGACUCCAUGGCCUGCAACUCCCCGCCGUCGCCGGCCGUCUGGGACAGUAACUCGCACGGCAGCGCGGCGGGCCGGACCCCGCUCCCGCAGCCGCUCCCCUACAGCUCUUCGCCCGGCUUCCUGGAGGAGCACAACCCCUGGUACCACCCCCAGACCCUCAGCGGACCCCACUUGCCCCCCCAGCCGCCGGCCGCCGCGAUGCACCACACCUCCCCGGGGCCUCCUCCCAGCACCGGCGCCGUGUACUAACCGCCCGGCCGGAGACAGGCAGCCAAAGACAGUGGCGGAACUUUUCCUUCCUUUUUUUUCUCCCCCGUUCUGUUUUUUUUCUUUUUUUUUUUUUUUUUCUUUUUUUUUCUUCUUUUGGAAAUGUGUUUCCAGGACACACAUGUACACGCACCCCUAUAUAUACACAUAUAUAUCCUAGACUCUCCCAGCUCAUCUCAGGAACAACAGGACUGCAAAGGUUUAAACUCGAUAGAUCCACGCCAAGGGCAGAGGGAAGGCAAGAAAGCGGUGGCAAUUCUUCUUAUAGAGAGAUAUAUAUAUUUUUUUUUCCAUCAUCCCCCAAUAGCAACAGAGCCCCCGUCUCGCCCCACCAUACCGGGUUCCCGGGGGCUGGGAGCACCGGGCCGGAUGGGAAAGAGGGGGCCGAAGCCGCCGCGAGGAAGAGGAGGCGAGGAAGAGCAGCGAGGUUUCGGCGGCGUCCAGCCAAAAAAAAGCGGGAGGCGCGUUGCAAAGCCCCUGCCUGCACGGCUGCCCCGGACCCAGCGCCUUUCCGGCGCCCUAAAUCCAUCGCUGCCGCGCGGAGACGGAUCCGGCCCGCGGGCCCCGGCGCUCGGCGGGUGCAAACGGGCGCCCGAGCCCGGCCGGGGCGAUGGACACGGGGCAGCGGCGUCCGGCUGCCGCCGCCGGCUCCGCAGCCGUUUCCUGGGAAUCGCCCGGGACGAUGCUCAGACGAUAAGGUGGUUAUUUAAAAGAGAGGGGGGAGGGGGGAGAAGAUAUUUUAAUAUUUAAAACUGUUCAGGAAUGGCUUAAGUUAUUUUUUAAAAGAGAAAAUGAUGAUGUCCGUUUUCUAACAGUGCCUCCAUCUGGGUCAUUUAAGCUAAUGGCAAAGCAAAAUGCCUAUUUUUUAAAUAAAUCAACAACACAUUAAAAAAAAACCUCUUUAAUAUUUUUUAAGAGAAUGACGCUAUUUUUUUAAAAGCAGAAAGUGCAGUUUUAAGAAGUGUUCAUAUGUGUUGUACAGUCCCAAGGAUCUUAUUUAUGUUGCCUUAUAUAAAUAGGGGUGUAUGGGGGAAAAAAGAGUGUACAUACGGUUCGUUUGUAUAAAGUUGAUCAAAACCAAA